AUGUCGGCUCAAACCUCCACUCGAGGUGGCGUACGUGUGGGCCUUAUUGUACUGAAACCUGCAUCGUGGUGGAAAAGUCUGGUAAUGGAUGAUGAUAAGACCAAGAAACCAAAAGCAACAGCUCCUCCACCAGAUAAUGUUGCCGCUGGCGGCGGUGAAAAUGCAGCAGGAGCGAAUGGUGGUCUAGGCGAAGGCAACAGGAACAUUUCCAGCGUCAGUCUAGGAGACAGUGAGUGUUUUUCUGUCUAG